CAGGAUUAUUAUUAUUAUUAAGACCAAACUAAUAAUAAUAAUGGAAAGAUACCCCGCUCGCUUGGCUUCGGUUUCCCCUCCCAAACCAACCAACCGUAAUAAUCCCCCAAAAACCGCCGGGAGUUCGGACGGUCGGCCAAUCAGCAGCUCGGAAUCGAGCAAUUCCCCAGUUGUCCCGAGAUUGGCGACUCGGCCCGGAUUCGGUCAUGACGACACGACACCAGACUGUCCACCAGAACUGUCCCGAUGGCUCCGAUGGAAUUUCUGUGCAGUAUUUGACUCCCCGGGGCUCCCCCGGUUCCCAGGGGGGGAAAAAUGGCUUAAGAGUUAACUGCUGCUCUUCUCUGUUGUGGUAGUAGUUAGUUGAUUUCGUUGUGUGUGGUGUUUUUGACUCUUCUCUUCAAUGUCCGUCUCUGCUCAGACCACUCAACGCCCGUCGCUGCGUCGGCCCAGCACGGUGCACACGAAUGAGUUUGACGAUUCCUUUGUCGGGCGUGUGCGGUCAUUCUUUAACCGCGAUCCCCACGUCGGUGUGGUCAGCCACAAUGACCUCCGCGACCGAGAGGACGUGGAGAUUCAUACCUGGAACGGCAAAGAUGACCCUGAUAAUCCGUUCAACUGGAGUACCAGCUACAAAUGGGUCCUUACUGUCACCGUCUGCUUCAUCUCCGUCCUAACCGGCAUCCCCGCCGGAUCGUACGGCUCGGGCGACAACUGGAUGGGGCCAUUAUUCCACGUGCAAAACACGCCAUUCCCGAACCUGUACUGGGCAACGACGUCGUGGAACAUGGGGGCGGCGUUCUGGCCAUUAAUCUUCGUGCCCCUGACGGAAUCAUCCGGACGGAUGCCGGGGUACUUCGUCGCGUACAUCAUCCUGAUCAUCUCGCUGUUCCCGUCGGCGUUCGCGCAGAACUACGCGACGCUGGUGGUGACGCGGUUCUUCGGCGGCGGGGGGUCGUCGGUCUCGAUCAACAUCGUGGGCGGCAGCAUCAGCGACGUGUGGUACGGCGACAAGGCGCGCAGUCUCCCGAUGUCGCUAUUCGGACUGACCAGUGUGAUUGGCAUCGCGCUGGGGCCGUUCGUCGGGUCCGCCAUCGUGGCCAUCCCCAAGACCGAGCCCUGGCGCUGGAUCUUCUACAUCCAGAUCAUCUACCUGACCGGGCUGCUGCCCGUCUUCUGGUUCAUCCUGAAGGAGACCCGCGCGGACGUGAUCCUGGCACGGCGCGCAAAGAAACUGCGCCAGGAGACCGGACGACCCAUCUACGCUGAGGCCGAGCUGGAUAACACCAGCGUGUGGCGCUCGCUGCAGAUCUCCUUCGAACGGCCCACCCGCAUGCUGCUGACCGAGCCCGUCGUCGCCUUCUUCACCCUGUGGAUCUCCUUCGCCUGGGGCAUUCUGUAUCUGUUCUUCAGCAGCGUCGUGCAGACCUUCACCGCCAACUACAACAUGAACACCCUCCAGACGGGCACCAUCCAGCUGGCCAUCUCGGUCGGCGCCCUGAUCGGCACCGUGUUCAAUCCGCUGCAGGACAUGUGGUAUCUCCGGUCGGCGAGGCGCAAUCGGGAGAAGCCCGGUUACCCGAUCCCCGAGGCGAGGCUGUACUCGAGUGUCGGGGGCAGCCUGCUCUUCGCGGGCGGCCUGUUCUGGUACGGCUGGGCCAGCAUGCCGUCCGUGCCGUGGAUCGUGCCGACGCUGGGCAUCGGCGCGUGCGGCAUUGGCAUCUACAGUAUCUACAUGGCGGUGGUGAACUAUCUGACCGACGCGUAUGAGAAGUAUGCGGCGUCGGCGCUGUCCGCGGCGUCGCUGGGCCGGAACUCGUUCGGCGCCUUCCUGCCGCUCGCGAGCUAUGAGCUGUUCGAGACCCUGGGAUAUGGCUGGGCGGGCUCGUUGCUGGGGUUCAUUGGCAUCGCGUUGUCGGUCGUGCCGGUGGUGUUGAUUUGGAAGGGCCCUGAGAUCCGCAGACGCAGUCCGUUCAUGAGGGAGGCCACCUUCGCCACGGAUGAGGACGACGAGAUCGAGAUCGAGAAGGAGGGCGAUGGCGUCGAGCCCGCGACGGUCCAUCGGGCUACGCAUUCGGCGUAUCCGCAGCAUGAUGUGCAGAGUCCGCAUGGGAAUGUCGAGACGGGUGAGCAGCGUGUUUGAUUGAUUGUCUAGGGCUUGUACCCUUUGCAUAUGCAUGCAUGCAUGCAUAGAGUUGAGACGUGUAUGAU